GUAGGCAACUAUUCUUAUGAAUGUUUUCAUGCUAAUCAAGAGAUCAACAUAAGGAUAAUCAACAGUGGAUGGUUGCACAAAGGUGCUAUUGUUUGUCCGCCCUGUAAAGAAAUAUGUGCUAAAGAAUUCCAGUCACGAGGAGAAUAUUGUAAAGCAGGGGACGAAUCUCCUCCUUCUACGUCAUACCCAAGAGAUGAACUCGUCUGCGGCUGUCAUAUCUCUCGAGCAAGCUCCCUAUUGUUGGCGUUGCUGAUGAUACUUUUGGUCAUCAUUUAAUUUUCAGAAUAGGAUGUCAUCACUCUUUCAGUUCUUUAAAUAUUAUCAUUUGAUGUGUCGUAUUGAGAUUCAGUUCUGGGUUCAUUUAGGCAUAGCUAAUGUGUCAAUGACUGACUUAGAAUAGAAAAUUGAAUCUUGACUGAACAUGAGUAAGCAUUGACUUGAUUUUAAUUGAGUUAUCCGAUGUUUUUCAAGUUUUGUGGCAUAAUUUUGUGCAUUCAUUGACAAUUGUUGGUCAGGAUGUUUCGAUGUUUUAUAUAUGAUGUGAUAAUGCAAUAUCACCAGUCUUAUUUACCAUUAUUUUACUGAAAUACAAUGGCUCAGAGCUACUAACAGAUCUUUCAUGUUACCUUGAAUCUACGUUUGAAUUGAAAAUAUAUUUUUCUAAAUAAUCAACAUCUGAUUAUUGUAUGCAGUCGAUAUAACUGUUCAUAAUUAUUUUUAGUGUGCCAAUUUCCGUACAGCAAACCAAGUGCUCACAAGCUACGCCCGUUGCUGUGAUCAAAAAGUUCAUUUUUUGAAGCUUCUUACAUGUUAAAAGCAUAGGUGUCAAUUGAUAUUAUUCUAGAAGUGUUUCUGAAAAGUUGUAGAAGAAUCGUGCCAGACUAGCGUUUCAAUAUGAUAUUCAAAAUUUAUGUCAGGAAGAAAUAAACUGAUGAGGUCCAAUCAAUUGGCCUAAAUUGAUCAAUAAACCUUUAUCA